AUGGCGUCGGCGUCGCGCGCGCUCCUCCUCUCCAGGGCCUCGCCCCUCCACGCCGCCGCCUCCCGCUUCCUCCGCCCGGUCGCGGCCGCGGGGAGCCUCCUCCCGGCGGCGCUGGUCCCGUCCCCCGCCGCGGCGCCCUGGGCGGCGGCGAGGCGAUUCGCGACGCAGCCCGCGAACUCGUCGCUGCGGGACUCGUCCCCGAACUGGAGCAACCGCCCGCCCAAGGAGACGAUCCUCCUCGACGGCUGCGACUUCGAGCACUGGCUCGUCGUCAUGGAGCCGCCCCCAGGCGACGGCGCCAACCCCGACGUCACCCGCGACGAGAUCAUCGACGGGUACAUCAAGACCCUCGCCCAGGUCGUCGGAAGUGAAGACGAAGCAAGGAUGAAGAUCUACUCUGUGUCAACUAGGCAUUAUUUUGCUUUUGGUGCCCUAGUAUCUGAGGAACUCUCCUACAAACUCAAAGAGUUGCCUAAAGUCCGUUGGGUUCUUCCUGAUUCAUACCUGGACGUCAGAAAUAAGGACUAUGGAGGAGAACCAUUUAUAGAUGGACAAGCUGUUCCUUACGACCCCAAAUACCAUGAGGAGUGGGUGAGAAACAAUGCCCGUGCCAAUGAAAGAUCCCGGCGCAAUGACAGGCCUCGCAACUUUGACAGGUCGAGGAACUUUGAAAGGAGAAGGGAGAACACACAGGCCUACCAGAGUGGGCCUCCAAACCAAAUGCCACCCCAUGAUGCUGCUCCUCCAAGUCGUGGUGCACAGGGCCCGCCACCGCCUUCAGGUGCUCCACCAAAUUACCAGCCCCAUGCACCAAACCCACAGGCAGGCUAUGCUGCAGGAGGUGGACCAAACUAUCCAAAUGCACCACCACCCCCUGGAUACCGAGGUGCCCCAGCCCCUGGCUACCAAGCUGGUAACCAAGGUUACCAGGGUAAUCCUGGUGGCAACAUGCACAAUGGACCAGGCCCAGCCUACCAUAGCAACAACCCUGGAUACCAGGGUGGAGUGCCAGGAGGCAACCCGCCGCCACCUUUCGCAGGUGGCAACCAGCCUCCUCCCUACCAUGGCGGUGGUCCUAGCUAUGGUGGUGGUGCACCAGACUACCAGGGCCAACCAGGUGGUAACCCAGGCUACCAAGGUGGCGGUAACUACAGCAACGCCGCCCCUCCUCCCUAUGAGGGCAGGGACGGGCCAGGGAGGAACUACCAGUAG